AUGUCCGGCUACUUUUUGAGUGAAGAUGAGCUGCUCCUGAAAAACACGGUGCAGGAUUUUGCGGAUAGCGAGAUCGCGCCACGGGCGGCGGGAUAUGACGAGAGCGGGGAGUUUCCGUUCGACAACUUCAAGGGGAUGUCGGACCUGGGGCUGCUGGGGCUGACGAUCGACGAGGAGUAUGGGGGCAGCGGCGGCACAUUUCGGCAGCUUGCGGUGGCGGUGGAGGAGAUUGCGCGUGCGUGCGCGGCUACAAGCACAUCGUAUAUCGCGCACCUGUCGCUAUGCGCGCAGUUCAUUCACAUGUGGGGCACGGAGGGACAGAAACGACAGUUUUUGCCUACACUUGCGAACGGGGAGCAUAUCGGUGCAUUCGCGCUGACUGAGCCGGGUUCGGGCAGCGAUGCGGGCGCGAUGCGGACUACGGCGACGCGCUCGAACGGGAGCUACCUGCUGAAUGGGAGCAAGACUUUUAUCACAAAUGCUCCGGAGGCGUCAGUGUUCGUGGUGCUUGCAACGCAUGACCGAAACCUGAAAACACGGGGGAUCGACGCGCUGAUUAUGGAAGGGGACAGCGAGGGCCUGAGCGUGAAUCCGCUGAAGGGCAAGAUGGGCAUGCGGGCGUCAUCCAUCGCGGAAGUGGUGUUCGAGGAUUGCGCGGUGUCGGAGGAGAAUCGAAUGGGCGCAGAGGGCGAGGGCUUCCGCGAGACUAUGCAGGUGCUGAACUCGAGCCGCAUAUCCAUUGCGGCGCAGUGCGUUGGGAUAGCGCAGGCUGCUUAUGAGGCUGCUGUGAGCCAUGUGAAGCAGCGCGAGCCUUUCGGGCAGAAGCUGGCGGAGUUGCAGGCGAUUCAAUGGAUGAUCGCGGAUAUGGCGACGCAGAUUGACGCGGCGCGGCUGCUAGUGAUGCGGGUUGCGUCGAUGCGCGACGCUGGGAUGCCGUUCGUCAAGGAGGCGUCAAUGGCGAAGUUGUUCGCGUCUCGGGUUGCGGUGGAGGCUGCCGACAAGUCGGUGCAGAUGCACGGCGGGUCUGGGUAUCUAGCGCCGACGCCUGCGGAGCGGUACUACCGGGACGCGAAGGUAACGGAGAUACUUCGGAAUACAGCGCUGGUCAUCGCGCGAGUAUCCUGCGAGAUGGGUUAA